GCUGCGACGCCAACCUCCUUUGUUCUUUGCAGUGCACUGAGAGACCUUAAGCAGAGUAGUCACCGCCGCUGUGUAAUAGGUUUAAUUGUAAUUAUUCCGUGCACUCCUGUGAAGUGUCCUCUUCGUAGUCGUCAGCAGUGUGAGCAGAUGUAGAGCCGGAAGUGAGGGUCACUGCUUCCACUUGCUGACCGCCAUUUCCCAGAAAUUCGUCCUUCAAAAGGCAACAAGCCACUGGUACGACACCACCACCGAGUUUGUGAAGAGAGAAGAGCUCAGAAGACAGAAGAUAAAACACAUCUAUCAGUACUCGGCUGAAGACCAAAGUGAUUGAAAUGAAGAAGGUUACUGUCAUCUGGAUAUUGGUUUGUACAAGCGUCUUCGCUAUAACAAGGACACAGUUAACUUACAUUUUGAGAGAGCAACCGAGCACCUGUUUUCCCGUGAUGGGUCUGACCUCUUUUCGCAUUGCUUCCUCUGUGCUGUGUGGUAUGCUGUGUGGUGAGAAGAGGGCAGUGAAGUACACCUUUAACAACAACACCAACACAUGUACUCUGUACGGAGAAGGUUAUGCCGCUGCCUCCUCCACAAACACCUUCCGUCUGUUCCCGUCACCAGACACCCUGGAGGAUGUAGCCACGGGCAAGGCAGCCUCCGCAAGCAGCGUUUAUAAGUCAUACAACUCUUCCUUGGCCGUAGACACCCUCGAGACGGAUGACAGAACUAUGUUCCACUCAGGUAACGAUGAUCCACACCCCUGGUGGCUCCUAGACCUCGGCGAGACCCGGAUAAUUCAUGAGAUCCAAAUCCUUCCUCGCCUCAAUUACAUACCGGAAAGGUUCCGUUUUGUUGAGAUUCGCAUAGGAGACGUGCAGCCAACUAAUGGUGACUUUUCAUCCUUCACUCUGUUCUCCACGUACAAGGGUCCUUACUCCUCCACUCUUGGCAGACUUUCAUGCGCCAGGAAUGAUGGGCUCAGCGGCAGGUUCGUCGUCAUCAUAAAAGUGAAAUCAAGCAGUUAUCUCCAGAUGGCUGACGUCAAUGUCUUUGUUCAGAAGUAGUUAACUGAUUUCAACGUUUUAGUAUUACAAUUUAUCUAUUUCAUUUUAUUUAUUUAUUUAUUAUUUUUUUUUUUUUUUCGUUUCUGUCUUUUUACGUUUUUCUUUUUAUAAUUAAUACAUGCGUGUUGCUCCAGAAUGUGAGCGGCUGGAUUGACGAGGCAGUGGUGAUGGGAGGAAGGCAGCGUUUUUUUCACUAGGGUAAGGAAUACUAAAAGAAAAUAUGGAAAUAAAUAAAACUGCGAGAAAUAUGCGCAUAAACAAAGGAGAGCGAAGAAAAUACAUUAAUAAAUAAGUGGUGUUCUCCCUCGCCUAAAGACAUAAUUAUGUUGACUCCGUUUGUCAUACGUUUUCUCUUCUUUCUAUUUAUUUCUAUUUUUCUUACUUUAUAUCUUUAUGUAUUACUCAUUAAUGAAUGCGUGUCCUGUAUUAAUGUACUAUUCCUUGCUGUACUAAGCAUGUGAUAUACUCGUACAUAUACGAAAACAAUAUA